CGCCACCAGGAGCGCUGUCGACGUUCCUGUCCGUCCCUUCACAACAAUGUCGCAUUUGUCCAGUGAUCCGCGGGUGACAACAGUGAAAGGUGAUAAGCUCUGAUGGCCGAGCGGUAGAGGUCGCAAACCGCAGUACCGAACCCGCAGCUGACCUGCUAGACGUGCGACGGCUGGACACCGGCUUCGACCACCGUCAGGAGCGGUGUGCAGUGUGAAGAAACAGGCCCGCGUCACUGCGUCAGUGGCCCAGUAAGCUUUGAAAGUUGAAGGCCAAAGAUUCCACGCCGGAAAGCCCUUCUCGGUUAAGGAAUUCUAUAACUGCUUGUGCAUAUGUGCUAGUUGUAACCUCACAUGAUUGUGAAAUUAGAAUAACUAUUUAAUCGUUUCUAGUUUUCAAUAACUCAAGUGCGUUCGUUGGGGUGUUCUUAAAGUGAACAGGAAAGAAGAAAAGUGUUCUGUUUUGCUAACUCGGCAAGUUAACCCGACAAGUUUACUCGCGAGACGGUUUAGUUAUAUUGUGUCCUCUGAUAUGCCCUGCUCUCCUGUGGUGUAACUGUUAACCUGGUGGACGUCGUGGCUUGGACGAUGCGCGGGAAACAGCAAGGUGCCCACCUGGUAGAAGACGAGGAAGACGAGGAGGAGGAGGAGGACGGGGAAGACUUCCUGACCAACCUGAAGCCUCGGGUGGGAUCUCCCCUCGACAGUGGUUGCGGAGGAGGCUUCUGGAUGGCCGCGGUAUCGGCGGCAGCCGGUGGCAACAUGGACUCUCCCGGUCUUCUGGGUGGACCCCAAGCGGAAACCGGGUUCAUCAGCAGUCAACCCUCGAUGGCGGAGUUCAUCCUUCCACACCAUCUGGAGAUGGGAGGUGGCGACCCCCUCAGUCCCCAGCAAGGAUAUCCUCCAGGACUCGUCGAUCAGGGCGUCAAUGUACAAGAGUACCCUUGGAUGAAGGAGAAGAAGACCACUAGAAAGAGUAGCCAACAAGAAAAUGGUCUGCCCAGGAGGUUGAGAACCGCCUAUACUAACACUCAGCUGCUGGAGCUUGAGAAGGAAUUUCACUUCAACAAGUAUCUCUGCAGGCCGAGGAGAAUCGAGAUUGCUGCUUCUUUAGACCUCACCGAGAGACAAGUGAAGGUGUGGUUUCAGAACAGACGUAUGAAGCACAAACGGCAAACACUUAGUAAGCAGUCGGAGGACGGCGACGAUAAGGACGGCAGUGGCUCCGGGAAAGGCGGAAAAUCAGGCGACAAGUCCUUGAUGCUGGAAGACAAAAAGAGUUGCCAAAACUGCGAGCUGCCACCAGGAGUACUAGGUGAUCAUCUUCCGAGAAGUAACAACAAUAACAACAAUAGCACGACAUUCAACAACAACAGCAAUGCCAGCAGUGGCGGCAGUAGUGUCACCAGCACACCUAGUUCCUUCGAAAAGCUGGAGGACGACUCGAGGUCGAACGAAGGAAGUGGAGUGUUGACAUCCCCGGGACUGAUUGGAGGGGUAAAAAGGCAUCCUUCAGAUGUAGUGGUGAAGGUUGAAGCGGGUUCGUUAUGUUCCUCUCCUGGGGCUGCCAAAAAACCGACGAUUUCCGUCAAAGACAAUCUUCUUGCAAAUCGUCUAAUAAUGUCUCCCGACUCCAUCAACAAACCUCCGGGAGUCUUGACACCGUCAUCGACCCCUGGAACUCCCUCCGGGCCAAGCCCUAUGGAUUCGACGACUACUGUCGGAGUUUACCCUCAGAACAGACCUAGAAGUUCUCCUACAGCGGCAACGGCGGUGGCAACCGCUACUGCAUCCGUGACCACAGUACUUCAACAUCCUAAUCAAAACAUGAUGACUCCUUCUCUUGUACAGAUUGUCAGAUGCUCCGCUCCUAAUAGUUUUCCCUCGCCACCACAACAGAGAACAAAUGUUACUGAAUACAGAGGUCAGCCCUACCGACAAAGCACCCCGUACAGGGACAUGUACCCGCAGAGGCCGUCUUAUCCGGGAGACACUCCCUACCGACAGCAACCACCGAGGCAGAACGGCGUGCAGGUGAUGGGAGCCAGACCAUCGACCACGCAGGUUCCCCAUCAGAAUGCGAGGUACCAGCAAGUCCACCAACAAUAUUGCGGGACAUAUAACGGCUACAGUCAAACAGAAUACCCCAACUACCACAGGAACUAUCCCAACCAGCCGUACCCUGAAGAUCCUUAUGGAACGGCUCCUGUCGGAACCAACUACGGGGCGUACCAUGGCAACAUGUAUCCGUCAGGCCAACCCCAGUCUCAAGGAAUCAACCAUCCUCACGAGAGCGGAUACUACAAUGACAUCCACAAUCAAGGAUACGAGUACUCCUCAAAACCUCAUGGUGGAUACUACGAGGGUAUGACCCACCAGGGAGGUGAGGCGUCAAACGUUCCUAACCACUACGGGGUAUCAUCCCCCGACCAGUUCCCCAACAACUCUGCUCCCUCUGCUGUCAUGACUCCUCCUAACAGUGUGCGCACAGACUCCUCGGGAGACCACUUCAAUUCUUUCCACCACUUCUACAGCGACCCACAGACCCACCACCCGAACCACCACGGCUCCGAGAACAGCAACUCCUCUUCGGACUUCAACUUCCUGAGCAAUCUCGCCAACGACUUCGCCCCCGAGUAUUAUCAACUCAGCUGAGACACGGUAGUUAGCUAAAGCCCUUCUGUCGCACACCCUGUAUAUUGUAGCUAGAACUACAGAUCUUCAGCCAUUCUCACGUGUAUAAUAGUUUUACUACAUUAUGACACAGUCGUUAUAGUAUUGUUGUAAAAUAAAAUAGCUAUAAUAAGUUUUUAUCUCAGCUAUACGUUUCUCCGUCAACUACUGAGAGCUUUAAUAAUUUUUUAUUGAUAUAUCGUUUCUUAAUGUUUAGAUGGUGUAAACAAUGUUAAAAUUGAGAUUUUGUGUUGAAAGGUUUACUGAGUUGUAUUUGAUUGACUAAGAGACGAAGGCCUUCCUAUAACUUGAUAUAUUUUUACACAUCAAAAAUGUCUACAAUAUACAUUUAUUUGAUAGAAAAUAUAUUAAUACUUCCAUGUGAAAUUUCUAUUACUUCAAACUUAGUCUUUCAUUUGUUUGAUUAAAUUGAGUUUAUAACACAAAAAAUUAAUUAAUUAACAUUUUGAGCUUAUAAAUUUUUAUAAAAAUGUAUCAAUUAACAAAGAAUAGUCAUUUGAAAAUUCAAAUGGCAGUUCCUUCAAUACGUCUAAAAAGUGUACUGUUCUUAACAUUUAAUGAUAAAUAAUAGAGUUUACGCAAGUUUAGUAUUAUCGUUGAAUGCUACAAAAAUACUGUUUUGUGUGACAUACAGAACGUUAAUUAAACUAAAUUAUGAUAAAGAUUUGCCCCCACAGUGAUAACCAGUAAUUACAAGUAUCAAAUUGUAGAUUUAAUUUGUUAUUAAUUACUUAAUUCUGUGGUAACUUCGGAAUAGUGCAAUGUACUUUGUUAAAUAAGUUAUAAUUUAAAUGUAAAUUUUAAUGAAUUAGUGUAAGUUACUGUUUUGUUGUGUUUGCUACAGACACACUUCAUUAUUUCAACCUUUCCAGGCUGUGUUCACACUAACCUCUCUGUAGUAUUUCUGCAUGCUUUUAUUUUCAACUUCCAGGAGUAUGGAAGGACAACUUUCCUUCCAUACGUAGAAGUUGUAGAAAGUUUAUUUAUACGUUCAUGUAAACUAUUGUUUGUCAGUCCUAGUAUUACUUUAUAAUCUUGCGUGUUAUAAUGAUUAUUGUAUAUUUUUAUUUAGCAUUAAGUCGCUAAUCAAAGUACACAUAUCAAUGAUACAAACGUAUCUUUAUUUAUUUUUAAAUAUUUCACAGUUACAUUUACAGUUAUAUACAAUAAUACUCAAUCAUUUCAAAGUCAUGGUGGUAGUAUACAUUUUUAACAAGUACUCUAUGUUUAAAAUCGUGUAAUAACAAUAGCAAAUUUUAAAACGCUAACUUCUAAAUAUGAAACAUUUUAUACAUAAAAAACGUAUUUUACAUUCCAUGCCUUAUCAAUGGUUAAUUAUUUUUUCAAAUCAACUCUACUAUUUUAUUAAAUUUUAAACCUAUUGUGAAACUUUUUGUACUUAUAGUAUAUAAUUGAAUAAAAGGGGUGUUAGUUGUAAGAAAGUAUUGCUGGCACUACACACAUUUCCAAAUAAUUGUACUCCUUAAUUUUUUAUAUCAUAUUCUUUCGCUUACAACGGUAUAUAGAAUUAUUAAAUUGGAAAAUAUGUAAUUCAUACAUGAUAACUGAGGAUAAGGUUUAUCCCAAGAAAUUAUUUAAUAUUAAUGUUGUGCCGUCCGAUCAUGUACUACUGCCAAAUUCAAUAGUCAAUACAAUAGAUAAAAGAAUUGUUUAUACACCACAUUUCUUUCUAUCAAAUGGUUUUAAAUGUGUGUUUGAUUGGAUCUACUUAAAAUACAGUAUAAGCAUUGAGAGUAUAACCAUUGAGUGGGCGCCGAGCAACGUACGGUUCCUGAUUAGAGGAAAUUGAGAAAACCCGCCUCCACACACCCACAACUUCCCGUAUCACCAUCACCGCGUUUCGGCGGACAUGCGAGCUUAAGUAAUGAGAGAGCCUCACCCCUCUUACCUUAAUCACCGGCUGAUAACAUGAUAACAAACAACACAUGCUUGUCCAGUUCCGCGUACCGUCCAAGCCACGGGCACAGCAAUAUUUUCAUAUAUUUUACAUAUUUACAAACCAGUGGGAGAAGGAAAACAAUACAAAGUUUUAAAAUAAAUCAAAACUUAUAUUUUACUGUAAAACAUUAACCAUUAUGAUUAAAAUACGAGCCAGACGACACCCAGUUUAUUGAACUCUACACUUCAGUAAAACUAGGAUAACAUGUGACAUUUUUUUGGUUUCUCAUGACUAAUGAAUUAGUACCAACAGUAUUAAAUUGUAUACUUAAAAUAUUAAUUAAAUAUUAUGAAUUAUAUUUUAAUAUA